CUCACUCAUCCUUCUCUCCAUGGAGAAUUUUAUCAUUAAUGACUGGCUCGGUGCACGCUGCUGUGGCCAGGACAUGUCUGCUCCCCGGCGCACUUUACCAGACAGCCAUUCCCACCGAGCAGCAGCGAAGUGAUCCGUUCGAGACGUUCGUCAUGGGGACGGAGAGUGAAAGUAUGCUGCAGCUCGCGGCGGAGGCUUUCCAGUCGAAAAACUUCGACUUGGCGGCGGACAUCUACCAGUGCCAGCUCGGGGGGCUCGGCAGCCCGGGCGGCCGGCUGGUGCUGAUGGUGAAGCGGGCCGACGCGCUGGCGUACGGCGGCAAACUCGCCGAGGCUUUCAGCGUCUACCGGCAAGCCUCGGAGAUAGAGAGGCUCCGACCAGCGCACCUGGACAACCUGUUAGACUACCUGAAGAAUAACGUCCGGAGGAGAGAGGGCGAGGAGACGGGAAGACCGGGUGACGGCGGCGGCGGAGGAGGAGGAGGAGGAAGCGAAGCGUUCUCCUGCGGGAUGUGCUUGGGCUUUCUGGCCGAGCCGGUCACCCUGCCCUGCGGACACUGCUUCUGCGCCAAGUGCCUGGAGAGGGAGCGCAGGGAGCCGGAGAAGGCGCCCAGCUGUAAGCAGUGCGGGGCCGUCUCCAAGCUGACCGACGUGCCGGGUUACCGGGUCAACGUGGUGCUCAGCAACCUGCUGGUCAAGUGGUUCCCCGGCCGUUCGCGGGCCGUGCGGCUCCGGCGGGAGGGCAACGAGCUGUACGCCGAGAGGAAGAUGGAAGCGGCUCUGGAGAAGUACAACCAGGCGAUCCUGAUAGCCCCCAGAGACCACAUACUGUUCAGUAAUCGCUCUCAGAUAAACUCCAGUCUGAAGCAUUAUGAGAAGGCCCUGGAAGAUGCUGACUCAGCCUGCAGACUCAUGCCCCACUGGCCUAAGGGUCAUGUACGGAAGGCUCAGGCCCUCGUGUCGCUGGGCAGAACUGAUGAAGCGCUCAGAGAAUACCUGGUCUGUCUCUCCAUCGAGCCUGACAGCAGAUUGGCCAGGAUGGAGGCUCACAAGCUACUUGGGGAUCUCUUGGCUCCAGUUACUGAUCAGGUCCCGAUCAAAGUCUUGGACUACUCCAGUUUACUGACCUCCAGGGCACACGUCAAAAACAGCAUUAUGCAAACGACUUCCCACAUACUUCACACCUCUGCCAUGCCCAUACCUUCCCACGCCACCUCCCAGAGCGCCACUGCUACCUCGAAGCCAUCUCGGUCACUGUCUGGUCCUCAGACCGUCUGCCAGGGUCCGAUGUUCUUGGAGUCCAAGCUUCCCUCCUCGAACCCAGCACUUCUCUGCCCACAACUCCCCGGUGAGAGCUCAGAGAACAGAGAGGUUAAAGGUCAGGGGGAGACAGAGAGCAGGAAGCUGGACUUUGGAUUUGUCCACAAGCGGAAACGAAGGAGCUCCGAGAAAGAAGCGGAAGAGGAGCAGAGGGAUGACCGCAAGAGACGCAAGUGUGAUUCAAUCGAGCACAGUGGCUCGUGGAGUCCCGUGGUUGGUGACCUCUCUGAUCCCACAGAUCUGGAAUGUUCUCUCUGUAUGAGACUCUUUCAUGAGCCAGUGACGACGCCGUGCGGCCACACCUUUUGUCUCCAGUGUCUGGAAAGAUGUCUCGACCACAACCCAAAGUGUCCCCUCUGCAAACAAGAGCUGUCUGAGUACCUAGCCCAUAGGCAGUACUGUAAGACAGUAUUGAUGGAGUACCUCAUAUCUAAGUAUUUCCCCAACGAGCUGAUGGAGAGACAGAAGAUGAACCAGGAGGAGAUGGCUGAGCUCUCCAAUCUGAACAAGAACGUGCCUAUGUUUGUGUGCACCAUGGCCUUCCCCACCGUGCCAUGCCCUCUCCACAUAUUCGAGCCGUGCUACAGACUGAUGAUUCGCCGGUGCAUGGAGACAGGAACCAAGUGUUUUGGCAUGUGUCUCGGAGACAACCACAAAGGGUUCGCGGACUUCGGGUGUCUCCUGGAGAUCCGAAAUGUGGAGUUUUUCUCCGACGGCCGUUCAGUCGUGGACACCAUCGGCAGGCGGAGGUUUAAGGUCAUCCAGCACAGCCAGAGAGACGGCUACAACACUGCUGACAUAGAGUACCUGGAGGACGUCAAGGUGGAGGGCGUGGAGGAGCACGAGCUGCAGUCUCUACAUGAUACGGUGUAUGACCAGGCCUUGCUUUGGGUCAACUCCCUCAAACCGGAGCAGAAGGAGCGCAUCAUGGGACACUUUGGACCCAUGCCUGAGAAAGACUCCGAACCACAGGCCAGUCCUAAUGGUCCAUCAUGGUGCUGGUGGUUGGUGGCGGUCCUUCCGUUAGAGGGCCGGGCCCAGCUGCCGUUCCUGGCUCUCACCUCCCUCAAAGACCGGCUCAGCGGCAUUCGCAGGGUUCUGCUCUUCAUGACCCGCGGCAGGCACCGGUGACGGACGCCCGACCAGCCCUCGACCUCCCAGGAAACGCGGCGGCCUGUCCGGCAUACACCACCAAGCAGGAGCUCAUCGGCUGUCUUUCUUAUCGACGCACAAAGAACUUCCUGUUGCAGCACCUCGCCCUGCCCACUCCCCUCACGGCUUCAACUAAACAGUGACAACAGCAACAGAGUUACCAGUAGCUACUGAAAUAUUGCUUAAACGAAUCAGUACUAUUCAUCCACGCCAUGCUGCCAUGGCGGAGUCCUGCCGACUUGUGCGUUAACCUGCCCCACCCGUUCGAGCAGGCAGCCCCGAAGCAAAAGAUGCAGCAAGUGAGCAAAGAAACCCGUGACGGUGUCCGGAUACUACGACAUCAACCAGCAGAGAGCAUCAAGUAGCAAACAUCCACAUCGCCUCCAAGCAGCAUGUGCGUUUUGCAUCUUGCGUAGCAGCCGAACGACAAAGCGUGCUUUGUACACCCCACCCCCCCCUCCGGAAACUCGACACAAAAUCUACUGUGACUGUUCCGACUAACCCAUCUUAUCUUACAGUCCAAGUCCUCCAACACACACACACACACACUUUUUCAUGUCUUUGCAGGGUGUUUGUCUGUCUGUUGGUGUAAAUGAUUUUUUUUUUUUUUCAAAAAGACCAAAUUAUGAAAAUGCCUUUGUGUGUGAUCCACUCCGUGCAGCUGAGUGGGGCAAUAACGGUCAGCGACACUUACAGAAAGACUUUCAAGCUGGGCAAAUGGAAAAUGUACCGUCAUGCUGGCAAACACACCAGUCCACGUGACCGUCUGCGCAGCAUGCACACGGUCAGCAAACGUAGAUAUUUAGCCAUUCCUAACGCUUACUGUAACAUCCAUAACAAUUGCGACCAUGUUUACAAGUCUGCCAUCUUCCUCCUCUCUCGCCAUCCCUUCUGUUUUGUCUUCCUUCGCCGAGUGGAAAAAUGAUGGACUGAAGCUCAAUGUCACGUUAUCAACAUUUGUUGUGUUGUUUCUUUAUGUUGUUGUGAUUAUUUAUAGCCAUGUGUGCAUGCAGUGACUGUUUACAUUGUGCAGAAGCAGAAGCUGAGCUGCUCCGCAGGCCAGGGGCCUCCUGUCUUACAGCGGCGGUACAGCAGAGGACGGUGGUCACAAAUCUUCUUUACACGCCGAUGGAGAUGUGUGUGUGUGUGUGCAGCACGUGGCUGCUGUGGAAGUGGAACCUUCUACACACAGCUGUGGAGAACCUUCUACACACAGCUGUGGAACCUUCUAUACACAGCUGUGGAGAACCUUCUACACACAACUGUGGAGAACUGUGGAACCUUCUACACACAGCUGUGGAGAACUGUGGAACCUUCUACACACAGCUGUGGAGAACCUUCUACACACAGCUGUGGAACCUUCUAUACACAGCUGUGGAGAACCUACACACAACUGGAGAACUGUGGAACCUUCUACACACAGCUGUGGAGAACCUUCUCCACACAGCUGUGGAGAACUGUGGAACCUUCUACACACAGCUGUGGAGAACCUUCCACACACAGCUGUGGAGAAAUUUCUACACACAGCUGUGGAGAAAUUUCUACACACAGCUGUGGAGAACUGAGUCAGAGCAUCCUCGGUGUCCUCUGAGAGUCCAUCAGUGUCACGUUUCUCAUCACACACUCCACGUGUCAUAGGGAAUGGUGUUCAUUUCAAAGUUAUUACCUCAGCUGAUUUUAAACUAAGGGGUGGUUAGCACUUUAGUUGCUUUCAGUGUCUGUUAGGAUGCUUGCCACAAAAGAAGCUUGAAGCUCUCUUUAACCUUGGUGCAGAAUUUAUACCGUGAGUUUGAGCCUGUUGGGAGGAUACGGACUCACGGACUCUGUGUUGCCCAUUACACAUCCACACAGCAUCCACACAGCAUCCACACAGCAUCCAAACUGUGUGGACCUUGGAAACCAGCUCUGUAAAAACUGGGUUUUAGUGUUUUAUGAAAGACUGUUGUUGGCAUGCUGUGAGCGUCUGCCAUACUUCCAUGGUGCUGGAUGCAGUGCUGGAUGCGGUGCUGGAUGUGGUACUGGAUGUGGUGCUGGAUGUGGUACCGGUGUAAAUGCACACAGAGACCCGUUGGCUGAAGACGUUGUGUCAGCUCGCCUCCCAUCCAGCUCCCAUCCAGAUGUUUGGAGAGCCAAACCAAAUCCCUGGUCAUCCCAUUCCAAAGUGGACAACAGUAAAACUAUGAAGAAUUUCUUGUUUUUUUGUCACAUUACCAUACAAACACUGUAGGAGGCAGUACUGUACAAACUAUUAUUAUAUUUGCUGUGUUUUGUUUUCCUUUUUACCAUAAAAAUACUGUAGUAUUUCUCUAAUGUAUAACGUGUUAUUAUAGUAGUACUAUAAGACACUGUAGUACAUGGCUGUGAGUGUUUGUAUAGUAUUUUGUACUAUAUGUGACGUAAAAACAGGAAAGUGCUGCAGUAGUUUUGUAUUCGACCUGGUUCCACCACGUGGUGUCGUCUCACCAACGUCAAUUUAGGCCGCAGCUAGCGUUCUCCACUGGGAGCACGCCACAGAAUGUGAGGAAGCUGGUGGUUUUGCUGGUCCCGUGGAUGUCGUGGCAGUGAAACGAUGAACCAGACGCGCUGACUCAACCUCUGAUGCUUCACGUCCGCUUAGUUUUAGUCAGUAUUUAUCAUGUGCUUGCCUGCACUCGCGCCCACUUUGAGUCAGUAAGGGAAAUAAACGGGGACAAAGGUUCAUGCUGACUUGGACCGCUGGACAACCUGCUUACCGUCUACCUGGAAUUAUGCUGAACAAAACCUACCAUCCGUGAUGGCUCAUGUAACCUGAAUAGAGAACGUGAGGCCCACCGUCCUGCAGAUCCUGCAGACCCACCGUCCUGCAGGCCCACCAUCCUGCGGAUCCUGUAGAUCCACAGAGACGCAGGUGGAGGGAUGGUGUUGGGCCAGUGCCUUCUGUCCGCAUCACCAUGUCCAUUCCUCUCACGCACCACCUCUCAAGGCUUCUUGGUUUCCACUAAAGCUUGUUUUCUUCCUGCAAAAAGCCAACCUCUCUUUUCUAAAAGUAGAUGAGUCUUACCCAGAGUUGAGGUUUUGCAGUACCAGGACUAUAAAAUGUCCUUUUUUAGAUGUGUAUGAAAUCAGGUAACGAAGAGGAAUCCCUGUUGUGGAAGAGGUUUUUGAGCUUUGCCCUUAAAGAGAUUAUCUAAAAUUGUUUUAUGUCUUAUGAUUUUACACAUGUCAAUGUCCAUCAGGUUGUCUUAUUUAUUUUUUUCUUUUUGAUUUGUUAUAUUUACAAUAUGUCAUGGCAAUCUCCCUUUGUGUGAUGGAAUGGACAUUUUUUGGGGGGGGGGUGACAUUAUAGCACCAGUAACACAGAUUGUCCUGUAUUCGGGCAAAUAAUCCAUGUAAUUCUAAACGUCAGGGGUGGCAGGGGAAAUCUAUUUAAGUGUAACAGAAUAACGUCAUAUUUUCCCUGUGAAAUCGUGUUGUUAUAUUUAUAUUACAUCGAUGCAAUAAUUUGAACUCUCUGCCAUCGUCAAAUGAGAGAAAGAAAAAUAAAUUGUAAUAUGU